AUGUUCGACGAAAUAGAGCAGAGAGGCAUCAACAGCACUGCCAACACUGACAUGCAACAGCAGUGGCGCGUCCUCGGUAAGAAGGAGAAACACCUUGUUGAUCGCACCUGGGUGGAACAACGUCGCCACGGCCAAGGAAAUGUGCCUUUUCUUGUUGGAGGUUCCCUCACUUUUAAGCUAGUCCAUUCCAUUAUGCUGGGAAUAGCAGCAUGUAUGGUGUUAGUGAGUGUUGUAAUUUAUGCAUAUAAAAGAAUAAUGCCUCCUCCACCAAAGGGUCCUCCUGUUAUUUCUUCACCAAGAAUUAAGCUGAGAGAUGGUAGACACUUGGCUUAUAGCGAGAGGGGGGUCCUGAGAGAAAAUGCUACAUACAAGGUCAUUCUUGUCCAUGGCUAUGACAGCUCCAAGGAUAUCUAUUUGCCUCUUUCUCAAGAAGUGAUGGCAGAGCUGGGUUUGUACAUUGUGACAUAUGAUAGAGCAGGGUAUGGAGAAAGUGAUCCAAAUCCAAAGCGCAAUGUGAAGAGUGAAGCAUUUGAUAUUCAAGAACUUGCUGAUCAGUUGCACCUGGGUUCUAAAUUCUAUCUUAUUGGGAUGUCCAUUGGAACAUACCCUGUCUGGGCCUGUCUCAAAUACAUACCCCACAGGCUAGCUGGUGUAUCACUAGUAGUUCCAGUGAUAAAUUUCUGGUGGUCUUAUUUUCCUCCAAAAUUGGUGAAGCGGGAAUUUGAGAAGCAACUUAAAAGGGACCAAUGGAAACUGCGGAUUGCCCACUAUGCCCCUGGAUUCGUGCUUUAUUGUUGGAUGACCCAGAAGUUCUUCCCUCGUGAUUCUAUAUCUGAGAGACACCCUAUACUUCUUAACAAACGAGACCUGGAAACUAUGCAGCAAAUGUCACAAGUACCUAUGCCCAAUCAGCAUAAGAUACGGCAGCAAGGUGAAUAUGAAUCUUUGUAUCGAGAUAUGAUGGUGCAUUUUGGAGACUGGGAAUUUGACCCUAUGGAGCUUCAAAAUCCUACAAAGUAA